UCAACUCGACACUCCUGUCGUUCGUUCUUUUACAGCCCACACAUUCAUUUUCCAUUCUGCUCAGUAGUACCGCGACUAUAACGAUGUUCGGACAGACUUUCAUCACUGCUGCCGUUGUAGCUUUCCCACUGCUCGCUCGUUCGGCCUUCGCAGCAGACUGCGCACGCUCAUACACCGUCCAAGCCGGUGACAUCUGCGACAGCAUCUCCGCCGCCAACAACGCCUCCACAUACCAACUCGCCGCUGUCAACUCCGGUACCAUCGACUCCACAUGUAGUAACCUCCAACCAGGCAGUUCUAUCUGUCUUGGAACGACGGGUGAAGAUUGUCAGACGGUCUAUGUUGUGAAGGAGGGUGAUACGUGCGAUGCGAUUACUGGGGCAAAUGGGAUUAAUUCGACGUCGUUGUGGACGAAUAACCCGAAUAUUGAUGAGGGGUGUUCGAAUAUUUACGUUGGCGAGGUUCUCUGCGUCGCGAACUCCGUCCUAGUCCCACCCGUCCCCUCAAGUGGCAUCCCAGCGACAUCUAUCCCAGCGACAGCUGCGAACCCCACUUCGACCCCUGCACCGUCGUCGACACCGGCACCUGUUAACAACGCCGCUGCCUCUCCCUCUCCCUCGAGUAACGAUGGUGAUGACGAAGAUGACGAUGACUUGCCGUUCUGCGACGAGCUCUAAGCUCAAGUUCUGCCAUUGGGAGGUAGUUCCGAUUCAAUACCAUACCAUACCCUGGCAUCUCCCGCACAUCCCUUCAUUGAUUGAUCGCUAUCUCCACGUAUCUACGCACGGUUUCUUUACACUUCCAAACUUCCACGCACGGAUUUCCAUAUUCCAUACAUACCCCC